UUGAUCACAUCUCUAGAUAACGCAGGUAUCCUAAACAAGUGUGCGAGUGCCUGCAGGCUUCAGGCUGCUGCCAGGAGCACAUAGUUUUUGGAUUGGUAAGAACUGCCAAAUGACGCUUCAUGAAAUAUAAAUGGAGGAAAGACUCGGAGAGCACAAUUAAAAACCCUCCACCCUUCUGUCUAGGAGGACCAGUGAAAGAAGUUCAGCAGCUACAGGAUAUGGCUCUGGGGGUUGCAAUGGCAGUCUGCCUCCUGUUCAAAGCAAUGGCCACCGCGCUGACAGAAGAAGCCGAGGUGCACGUGAUACCUCCUAGCCUGGAGCAGCAGAGCAACGGGACAGUUAACGACACAGAAGCUGACUACAUAGAAGGACCUGUAGCUUUGAAGUUCUCCCACCCUUGUCUCGAAGACCACAAUAAUUACUGCAUUAAUGGAGUGUGUGCAUUCCACCAUGAGCUGAAGAAAGCCAUUUGCAGGUGCUUUACUGGUUAUACUGGAGAAAGGUGUGAGCAUUUGACCUUAACUUCAUAUGCCAUGGAUUCCUAUGAAAAAUACAUUGCAAUCGGAAUUGGCGUUGGAUUGUUAAUUAGUGCUUUUCUUGCUGUCUUAUAUUGCUACGUAAGAAAAAGGUGUCUAAAUCUGAAAUCACCUUACAUCAUCUGCUCUGGGGGGAGACCAUUGUGAGACCUUAUAAGGCAUAUUAAAGUCAUUUGUCAAAACCAUGGAGACCCCCAAUGAAGAUCUUAAGAUGAUGCAGAAUGUGACAAGUUAACUUGAAAAUAAUGGAGUUUUGGGUGACAAUGCAAUAAGAGGAUGAAGCUGAACAUUGGUUCUUAGGUCUUGCCAUUUUUGGGCCAAGGAAGUUAUGUGAACAAGCUACACAGAAGCCAAGUUUACAGCCCUACUUUGACUUUGUUAUUGUGUGGUCAUUGUCACUACAGAAGGACUUGUUCCAAGCUUCUGAUCAUCUCAAAUGUGAGUUUUCACUUGAAUUGUUUAUCCCACAUCAAGUCAAAGUAAUGACAUGCCUGGGUUCUUCAUGUCUUCAACGUUUCAGGCCACCUAUUUCAACAGACCAGAACCCAAACCUUUGGUCCUCGUGCUAUUUCACGGAAUUUGGUAUCAACUUUUAAAUGAAACCAAUGAGUGGUUCUUUUAGUGAACAAAAAAAUAUAUUCAAACUGGAACACUUAAAGAAAAUGGAGUAACCAAGGCAAGCAUAAAUCAUACCCAGCUUGUGAGAACAUUGUGCAAACUUUAUUUGUGGUGUUUGGAAUAGCAAAGGAAUUCUUGAGGAAUGAGAGUCACCUGGACAGAAAGUCCUGAGUAGGCAAAAACUACUGUUUCUGUAGGGAUUAUAAAACCUUGUGUUGGGCUAAUCUGUCCCCUGAUGCUUUUAUUCAUCAUGUCAUCCUUCCAUGGGAAGGCUCACCUGGUAAACAUCACUUAAACUGAAGUCCUUGAAUUCAUCUAACAACUAAAAGCCUCCAAUUCAUCGCAAAAUGGAAAGUGAAAACUAGAUAGAGGAACAACAGCAUGUGGAAUGUUACCAUUUUUCAUUGAUUGAUUGAUUGAUAACAUAUUUACACAUAGGUAAAAAUGGAACAUUGGCAGACAUACUUACUUGGGAAUCAGUAUCUUUCUUUUGAAUUGUGUUUCUGCCACAUGAUCCAGUCUUGGGCAAAUCGUGUACUUUCUUUGAACUUUGACUGAAUUUUCUACAAUACCAUUAUAGCUCUAAAAUUGAACUAUAGGAGAAGAAAAAACAUCCCUCCUAUAUCUAUACUGCAAGUGAGAUUAUCCUCAACACUUCCAUUAUCAACCCCAUCUCUAACCCCAAAGUACCCUUGAAUAUUAUCCUUAGUAUAUAUUUUUAAUGUUUAAUUUGUAAAAAAAUAAUUUAUUUUUAGAGAAAAUACAAAAUGAAUUUACAGAGUAAUAACAGCUACUGUUUUUCCUUUCUGGAUUUAAUCUAGAACUAUGGGCUUAUUUCUUUUUCUCAUAAGGAGAACAAUUUGAUGUGAGAUUUAUUAAAAGAUAGUGAUACUUGAAUACUCUUACAAUAGCAACCAGUCUUCAGCCCAGUACAUGUACUGAUGUAGCCUUCAAUCCACACUUUAAGUUCACUACGUUGGGCUUUCCUUGAGAGAAGGUAUUUCCUUGGCUUUGUCUUUCCUCCAGAAGGAAUGUAAUGCAGCUGCCUUGCAGGUCAGCACUUUCAGCAUGUGCAAAGUUGCAUCAUGCCAAGGGGCGGGGAGCGACGGUUCCACCCAGUGACUCCAGCAACCACACCUAGAAAGUUUACCUCUUCCUGAGCAUUUCAAAAAGAUGUAGAAAAUGCAAGGAGAGUCCAGGAAGGAAACACUGGAAGCCUACGUUCAAUUGACCAAGAACAACCUCUUGAGGAAAGGAAAGAGGAUUUCUCUGCUACCCCUGGAGAAGUAAAACCAUAAAUGGUCACACAUGUUUACAGUCCAAAAGUACUUCACACAUGGUAACCUGAAACCAGAAUUUCUGUUAUGACUUCCAGAUAGCCAGAUCAAAAUGUUAACUGGGACAGUAAUACACAUCCAAUAUUCUUCACUCACCGCACACUAUUUAUUAACAAUAUAAAACACACCCAGCAAAACAACCCAGAAACUUAGAGCACAGUUAAUGAAAGCUAUCUGUUUUGGGGCUAGUAUAUACAAUGAUCUUGUAACUACUGGGGUUACUUUUGCAGCAAAGAAUCUCUGGCAUGCCUAUGGAGCCAGAGAACAACUGGCAACAUUUGUGUACAUGAGAAAAACUGAAACAUAUAUACAAUAAGAUUCUGAGAAGAACAAAUCAAUAAAACCUUUGCCUCAGAACUACAUUUUCAACUAUGUAGGUUGAACAUAUACAAUGUUAUGUUUCUGGUGUCUGUGAUAAAACCAAACAGUCCAAGAAAUUCGACUUCUUUUAUUCCCCCAUUUUGUCUUCCUGUGUCUACCUUUCAGUUCUUUGAAACUACAUUUUUAGGUCAUCUACAUUUAUGAGUACAUCAUUAUGUAGUACUUUAGACUAUGAUAAGGGUGGGGCAAACCCUGUAAUAUCAGCCAUACCAAGCUACUAAUUUUACAAAAAAAAAAAGGAUUUACAAUAGCUUGUCACUGUAACCCAAGUUAGUUUUUAAUGUAGUCAUGUUUUCAUAGGAAGAAAUUAUAAAUUAAUCCAUCUUUUAGAAUUUCCUGUGACCAUGCACAUCUAAUCCUUUAAUUUUGUCAUGUCCAUUUUGGUGACGUCAAUAAGAUUUCCCUUCAUUAUAUUUAAUUGAAAAAAUGUCUUAAGAAAAUAAAAGACAAACACCAUGAAUUUAAAGCUAUUGAUGUGGAACACAAAGACAAUUCAUGUAUGCAGAAGACAGGGCAUUUAACUUCUCUUCGUUACAAAAUAUUAUAUGCUCUCCGCCUGUGACAUAAAUAUUGAUAGCUUGCAACCCACACUCAUGGGAAGGGUUACUAGAAUCUCUAUUGCAAAAUACCACUCUUUCUGAAUUACAUCAUUGGCUGAUGACAUCAGGCAUGAGCACCUGCCAAGACUCAGUGGAAGUGUUGAAACUGAAUUUGUCAGAGUCUGGCACUGUGAAUCUGGGUGAGUCCACAUUUCCACCCAAACCUUUGGCCCAAGUCUAUCCAGUACCACAU